UGGGAGGUAUCGUUUCACCAACUGCUUUUUAGCUUUAUCGAAUUGUCUCGAUAUCUCCACUUUCAAUUUUCUCACGCUUGUACCAUGCCUCCCCGAGUCUCCACCACCAAGCCAGGCCCCCCAGCCUACAACCAGCUCGUGCUCAUUGGCGAGAAGUGUUUGUCAUUCGUACACGAAAAUGCUAAGCAAGGCGACGCCAAGUCCGUCGUGGCAGCGAUCGACACAUUCGGCUACGAACAUCACUGGAUGAUGAAUGUCGGGGAUGUCAAGGGAGAUCUUCUGGACGCGGAAUUAGAAAAAGUCAAGCCAAAGAUUUUGGUGGAGCUUGGUGGACACCUCGGCUACAGCGCCAUCCGUUUUGCUAGCAAGAUGAGGGAGCUUUCUGGCCCAUCUGCCCACGUUUACUCUUUCGAAAUAUCACCGGAUUUUGCGGCCAUUGCCACCAAGAUGAUCGAGUAUGCUGGACUUUCGGACAUGGUGACGAUCAUUGUGGGGACGUACGGUGACAACUAUGAGAAGCUUAAGGAGCAACAUGUCGACCACGUUGAUGUGUUUUUCAUCGACCACGACAAGAAAAAGUACAAGAGCGACUUGGAGAUCAUCGAGCAGUGCGGUUUGCUUCGAUCAGGAUCCGUCGUGAUCGCCGACAAUGUCUUGUUUGCUGGUGUCAGCGACUACCUGGAAUACAUCCGCGGCAGUCCCUAUUUCAAGUCCGUGCUGCUCGAGUCGUACCAUGAGUACUCCGAUCUAAAGGACGCAAUUGAGAUCUCCACGUACAAGGCGUAG